CAUAAUAUACAUUCAUUACAUUUUACCACAACACAAAAAUUUCUGUUGUCUGCCGUUGAAAACGCGCUUAGUCGUUUAUUUUCUUUCUUUGAAUCUUUUCCUUUCAUGGGUUUGCCUUCUUCUUCCCAAUAACCCCACAAAAAAAAGGAGCAAAAAGGGCCUCAAAAACCCAUUAAAAAGGAUACAAAUCUUGGCGGUGGAAUGGGUUUGAGGCGGCUCCCAGUGGCUCUUGUUCUGGCGGUGGUUCUGUUGGUGGCUUGCGGUGGCGUUGGUGUUGCUGGGAACUAUGUGUUUAAAGUUGAGAAUAAAUUUAAGUUGGGUGGCAAAGAGAGGAGCUUGAGUGCUCUUAAGGAACAUGAUUCUCUUCGCCAUGGAAGAGUUUUGGCAGCCGUUGAUGUUCCUUUGGGGGGCAAUGGCCACCCCUCUGCAACUGGGCUUUAUUUUACUAAAAUUGGUCUGGGAACUCCAUCAAAGGACUAUUACGUGCAAGUUGAUACGGGAAGUGAUCUUUUAUGGGUGAAUUGUGUUGGCUGCGAUAGGUGUCCCACAAAAAGUGACCUUGGUAUAAAACUGACUCUAUUCGAUCCAGCGAAAUCUAAAACUUCAGGUCAGGUUAAUUGUGGUGAUGUUUUUUGCGUUGACCAGUACGGUGGUCAACUCUCUGGUUGCAAGCCUGGGGUGCGCUGCCAAUAUUCUGUUGCUUAUGGAGAUGGAAGUGCUACUUCUGGAGACUUUGUGAAGGAUGUUAUUCAGCUAGAACAAGCAAGUGGAAACCAUGAAACUUCACCAUUAAAUGCAAGUGUAAUAUUUGGCUGCGGCAAUAAACAAACUGGGGACCUAGGUUCAUCUUCUGAAGCAGCUGUAGAUGGGAUACUUGGAUUUGGACAAGCAAAUUCAUCCAUGCUUUCACAGCUGACUGCUGCUGGAAAAGUCAAAAAGGAGUUUGCACACUGCUUGGAUGUUGUAAAAGGAGGUGGAAUCUUCGCCAUUGGAGAUAUUGUGCAACCAGUUGUUAAAACAACUCCAUUAGUAGCAAAUAUGCCUCAUUACAAUGUUAAACUGACGGCAAUUGAGGUGGGUGGUACUAUGUUAGAUCUGCCAACAUAUUUAUUUGACACUGGAAGUCAGAGAGGAACAAUAAUAGACAGUGGUACAACUUUGGCAUAUCUUCCAUCGGUGGUCUAUGAACCAAUGAUGGAUAAGAUUUUGGCUAAGCAGCCUGGAUUGAAAAUGCACACUAUUGAGGAUCAGUUUUCUUGUUUUGAGUUCACCCGAAAUGUUGACGAUGCUUUUCCACCAGUUGUUUUCCAUUUUGAUGGUUCUCUUACUUUGACGGCUUACCCUCAUGAUUAUUUCUUCAAAAUUCGUGAAAAUAUAUGGUGUAUUGGUUGGCAGAACGGUGGUCUUCAAAGUCGUGAUGGGAGGGAGCUGAUUUUAUUGGGAGAUUUGGUGCUUUCUGGCAAACUAGUUGUAUAUGAUGUAGCAAAUCAGACCAUUGGAUGGACUGACUAUAAUUGCUCUUCAAGCAUCAAAGUGAAGGACGAAAAAACCGGCACAGUAUAUUCUGUUGGCUCUCACAAUCUUUCUUCAGCUAUAGGUUUGAAAGUUGGAAAUUUUUUAACGUUAUUGACAAUAUUGUUUGCUUUGCUGCAAAUUUUUUGUGUACAUUAGCUUUUGCAUCAAUGUGGUACAGCAUUUUCUAAUU